GCUCGAUAAAACCGUGUGUCAAAAUCUAACCUGCUAAACGUAUUUUUCGUUAGGAUAUAUUUACUCGGUGUUUACAUAUAAUGUGCGUAUACAUGAGAAUCGAUUGAGAAAACCACUACAAAUUCGAUACUUUGUAGCGCUAUGAAAGCUAAAAGACGUUCAGUGUAAAUUAGCAAGAAAUAUCUGUUCUUGUUAAUUUAACAGUUUCAGCCAGAGGAUUUAUAGCUAACGAAUAUUUCCGUGUGUGGGACACGGUUUUCCAGUUACGAUUUACGGGGAAAAAAUACUGUAGAAAAGCAAUGGUAUAUCGAGUGGUACGUGGUUAAAUGGAAAAAGAAAAAGAACGAUUGUAAAGAAAUGUAAUUGAACGCAAUAACGAGGUGUUGAUACGCAAUCGACAAAUUUAAUCGGACGCCAUCUCGUGUUAUGUGAAAGUAUCAUCUAAAAUCAGUAGUUUUCCCGUUCAGAUUCGACAUUUGCUUAAACGCAAUCAAGUAGACGAACUGUUGUGACGGAUCACCGCAAAUCGUGAUAAUAGUCGGAAAUAGGUAAGAAGAGCAAAGAGAAUUCAUUAAGUAUGGCGGAAGCCGUUGUGGACGGGACACCAAUGUCUCGAUUUUUCUGUCACAAAUGCAGCGUUGAAAUCGAAGAUUUAUUACCAGAUUAUACAUGUCCAAGAUGCGCGAGUGGUUUUAUAGAAGAAUUAGAAAGUGGUAGUGACGAUAGUAACUCAGGCACGGAUCUUGUUAGUGAAGACAUUAUUGAUCAUGAUUAUCUACUACUAAAUUAUCGGAGAGAACAUGAUGUGUUAAACUUGCCACGAGUAUCCGAUAGAGGUCAAACAUCAAACACACCUAACAGAAAUAGUGUACUUGCCAAUUUGAAUAAUGUGAAUUCGAAUAAUUGGUAUGCCCGACAGUCUUAUAGAGGUCGUGGAAGACAAGACUAUCCUGCGUCUCUACAGAUGUUCUUACAAGAGUUUCUAUAUGCUCUCGCAGAAACGACUAUGGAUUAUUCUGGCACACAUGAUAGACAACCACCUGUACUGGUCUUUCCAAAUCCUCAAGAUUUUAUUUUGGGUCCGGACGGUCCUGGUUUCGAUGAAGUUGUAACAAACGUGUUAAAUCAAUUGGAUGGUACUGCUGGUCCACCACCUUUACCAAAGAAACAAAUAGACAAAAUACCAACCACAACUGUAACCCAAAGCCAAGUUGAUAGUAAAAUGCAAUGUUCUGUUUGUUGGGAAGACUUCAAGCUUUCAGAACCAGUCAAGCAACUUCCGUGUUUACAUAUAUAUCAUGCACCGUGCAUUUUACCUUGGUUAGAGCUGCAUGGGACUUGCCCUAUUUGUAGGCAAAACUUAGGCGAUCAAAACUGUGUGGAAGCAAAUCAAGAUACUGUUGGACCUAGUCUGGCUGCCCGUUUUAGCAAAUGAAUCAAACAGUACUAGAACAUCGUCUACAUCAUCUUCGGGUAGCAGUAAUUCCAGUGCUAGUUCAACAAAUUAAAGUUCAGAUUGAUUAUCCAAUCUUGACAUUUUCUUUACCUAGCAGGACACGCAAGUACACAAGUAUACACAUACACAAAACAUGUUUUUCACCUCAGAUUUAUUUUCCGCCACUGUUGACUUUAGCAAUGCUUAUGCAGUACUUAAAUAUUGUAUCCCGACGCUAAUAUAAAUUUCAAGCUUUAUACCUUAAUCAACAAUGUAAUAUAAAUCAUAAAGAAUAAUGAAUUAUCAAGUUACAAUUUGCAUAUGUUAUUUUGAAUGAAUGUAAUCAAGUGCGGAUUCCUACGAAUAUACGCAUACGCAUUUGAAAUUGAAAAAUCUUUGUUGCUCUAUAGAUGAUAUCGCAGUUUACAACAAGACACGAUUUAUUAAAUAUCUUAAACAAACGUAUCAACAUUUUUUUAAAAGUAUGUGCGUUUAUUUAUAAAAAUUCGAGUUUUGAUGUUUAAUAAACAUAAUAUAGUUGAAUAUAACUUAUAAAGAUGAACUCUGUAAUAUAACUCGAGCGUAGAAAAUGUAUUACCUAGACAAAUUUUCCGGUAAAUGUUACUGAACUUAAUUUUGUACAGUUCCCUAAAAAAAACGAGCGUAACACGAGGACGCAUUUAAUGGUAUAAUAAACUUCUUUUCAUUACAUAUAUGUAUAUAUAUAUAUAUAUAUAUAUAUAUGUGUGUGGGGGUGUGUUUGUAUGCAUGUGUGGUAUGUAUGUGUAUAUGUAUAUAUGUAUAUAUAUACACAUAUAUAU